UUUUCUCCAGAAACCCUUGCUGUCGCUCUCUCUCACAUACAGUCAAAGUCAUGAGCAUCACCUCUCUUCGGCUAGACACAAACCCUAUCACCGCUCCGCCCAGGGGAUUCAGUGUCAGUGGCGGAAGCUGCAUCAGCACAGUAUCCCGACGCAUUGAUCUUCACAACCAUCGUCGGUGGUGGAAAACUGGUCCAAUUUCAUGUUCAGCAUCUCCGCCAGUGACCGUCAAAGAACAGUCGAGUGAAACACCGAGUCGAAUCGAAGCACUGAGUCAGGUAUCGGGGGUGUUGGGUUGUCAGUGGGGCGAUGAAGGCAAGGGAAAGCUGGUUGACAUCUUAGCGAAGCAUUUUGACGUUGUUGCUCGCUGUCAGGGUGGAGCAAAUGCUGGGCACACUAUCUACAAUUCUGAAGGCAAGAAGUUUGCACUUCAUCUUGUUCCCUCGGGGAUUCUAAAUGAGGAAACUGUGUGUGUUGUGGGAAAUGGAGUUGUGGUGCAUCUUCCUGGGUUCUUUAAUGAAAUUGAUGGCCUUGAAUCUCAUGGGAUUUCCUGCAAGGGAAGGAUUCUAGUGUCUGAUCGUGCUCACUUAUUAUUUGAUUUCCAUCAAGAGGUAGACGGGCUUAGAGAAACCGAGUUAGCCAAGUCCUUUAUUGGCACUACUAAAAGAGGAAUUGGACCCUGUUACUCUAGCAAGGUCAUUCGAAAUGGUAUAAGGGUAAGCGACUUGAGGCAUAUGGAUACUUUCCCUCAGAAGCUUGAUCUUAUAUUAUCAGAUGCAGCUUCAAGAUUCAAGGAUUUUAAAUAUACCCCAGAUAUGCUCCGGGAAGAAGUUGAAAGGUACAAAAGAUUUGCUGAGAGGCUGGAACCCUUCAUUACUGAUACGGUACAUUUCAUGAAUGAAUCUAUAUCACAGAAGAAGAAGAUUUUGGUGGAAGGUGGUCAAGCAACUAUGUUGGAUAUUGAUUUUGGAACAUACCCUUUUGUAACUUCUUCCAGUCCAUCAGCUGGUGGGAUAUGCACUGGCCUAGGGAUUGCUCCCAGAGCUCUUGGGGAUAUUAUUGGAGUGGUUAAGGCAUACACUACUAGAGUUGGAUCUGGUCCUUUUCCAACAGAAUUAUUGGAUAAAGCUGGUGAUCUUCUGCGGUUUUCUGGGCAGGAGUUUGGCACAACCACUGGUCGUCCUCGUAGAUGUGGUUGGCUCGACAUAGUUGCUCUUAAAUACGUUUGUCAGAUAAAUGGAUUUUCUUCUUUGAAUCUCACAAAACUUGACGUUCUGUCUGAUCUUCCCGAGAUUCAGUUGGGUGUUUCUUACAAACAUUCUGAUGGUACACCCAUCAAUUCAUUCCCUGCUGAUUUACAUGUUCUCGAGCAGUCAAAGGUGGAGUAUGAAACAAUGCCAGGGUGGCUGACCGAUAUCUCUUGUAUAAGAAACUACUCCGAUCUGCCAAAGGCUGCACGCCAGUAUGUUGAAAGAAUAGAAGAACUGGUUGGCGUGCCAAUCAAUUACAUCGGUGUUGGACCCGGACGUGAUGCUCUUAUCUACAAAUGAUGAGAACAUUUGUAGCAACAACUCAAGGAAGCAUUUCCUCAAAAUUCAUUGGUGAGAUUCAAAACCUUAGUUGCCAUAUUUACCCCUAGUGGGCACACAUUUUGCUUUGACUCAUUCCCUUGAGAGAUGUAACCAAGAAUUUUACUUCUGGGAAGAUGGAAUGCUAUGGUAAUAUCAUCUUUAGUUGUUAGCAGAAGAUCAUCAAUCUUUCAACUGAAGUUUUGAAGGAUAAUGGUCAGGUAUGCCUCAAUAAAAUACAGCAUUUUGUAAAGCUAUUUCCUGAUGCAUAUGAAUGAAUACCUAAUUAAUUCAAACAGUUUCAGAAA